AUGUUGGUUGAGCGCUGUGGACGCAGAAGUGAAAAAUUCAUCAGGGAUCUGGAGAGUGUGGAGGAGGAGGAGUGGAGUGAAGAGGAGAAGAGAGGCAGCUUGUCUCCUUUCUUCACCCGCCGGGCUCUUCUGCAGCAUCCUUCCACUUCAUCAUGGAUCUCUGGAGAUUUUAAAUGGUUUGCACCCUCUGCCCUGUCAUUCACAGAGGUGUGUCACAGUUCGCUGGUAUCCCAUCUACUGCCAUCAUCCUUCAGAAGCUCCUCCCAGUUGUCCAGCAGCCACGGGCCAGGCUUCGCUAAGCUGAACCGGAGGGAAGGAGCUGGAGGCUGGUCUCCUCACAGUUCAGACAGAUAUCAGUGGUUGGAGGUCGACCUGGGUGGGCGGACCCAAAUCACUGCCGUUGCUACGCAAGGCCGCUAUGGCAGCUCCGAUUGGCUGACGGCCUACCUGCUGAUGUUCAGCGACACAGGACACAACUGGAAACAGUAUCGACAGGAAGACAGUAUAGGGGCUUUUCCAGGUAACAGUAACGCAGACAGCGUGGUCCAGCACAAGCUCCAGCAUCCAGUGAUCGCUCGCUACGUCCGCCUGAUCCCCCUGGACUGGAAUCCCAAUGGUCGGAUUGGACUCAGACUGGAGACCUACGGAUGUCUUUACAACUCUGACGUGGUGAGCUUCGACGGUCGCAGCAGCCUUUUCUACAGGUUGAGUCCCCGGCCAAGACAGACGACCAGAGAGAGCAUCUCUCUGAAAUUUAAAACCCUGAGGAACUCUGGGAUAUUGCUUCACGCGGAGGGACAGAGCGAGCACAGCCUCACCCUAGAGUUAGAGAAAGGGAAGCUUCUGCUGCUCCUCCAAAAAGGCAGGAGCUCUUCUCCCGACGGCCGGCAUCUCAUGUCCCUGGGCAGCCUGUUAGACGACCAACACUGGCACCACGUCGCAGUCGAGCAUCACAGCUCUCACCUCAACCUCACUGUGGACAAAAGCACGCUGUGGGUGCAGAUCCCGUCGAGAUUCACUCACUGGGACCAUGAUCAGAUGAGUGUGGGAGCAGACCAAGGCCCUGGUUCUCGGAGGUCAGGCGACUCAAACAGGGACUUUCACGGCUGUAUGGAAAACCUUGUUUACAACAGCCUGAACCUGGUAGAUCUCGCUAAACAGAAAGACCAGCGGGUUACUAUGAAGGGCAAUGUGACCUUUUCUUGUGCUGAGCCCGUUUUUGUUGCCAUGACGUUCACCAGCCCCCAGAGUUUCCUGUGGUUGCCAGGGGUGACAGAACUGUCAUCAACGGGCAUGUCAGUGGGGCUUCAGUUUCGGACGUGGAACAAGGCGGGGCUGCUCUUGACCUUUGACCUGCCGGAACAAGGGGGGGCGGUGUGGCUGUACCUGAGCAAAGCCAGGCUCCAUCUACAGGUCCACAAGUCGGGCAGGGCGCCGCUGGAGCUCAGCGCAGGUUCAGCUCUGGAUGACGGCCAGUGGCACUCUGUGGAGCUGAUCUCCAGACGAGGACGUCUGACUGUCGCAGUGGACAGAGAUGAAGGAGCCACUGCUCAUGCCAGUCCCUCGUUUCUUAUUGCUACCGAGGGUCAACUUUUUUUUGGUGGUUGUCCUGCUGAAGGGAGCCACCAGGAGUGUAGGAAUCCCUUCAAGGCUUUCCAGGGCUGCAUGCGUCAGCUGACUGUGGACAGCCAACCGGUGGACUUGAUCAUGGUGCAGCAGAGGCUGCUAGGAAACUACAGUCACCUGCAGAUCGAUAUGUGCGGCAUCAUUGACAGGUGUUCUGCCAGUCACUGUGAACACGGAGGCAGCUGCAGUCAGUCGUGGAGCACCUUCCACUGUAACUGCUCCAGCACCGGCUACAGUGGAGCCACCUGCCACAGCUCCAUAUACGAGCAGUCCUGUGAGGCGUACAAACACAAAGGGAACACGUCGGGGUAUUAUUACAUUGAUGUGGAUGGCAGCGGACCCAUCAGACCACAGCUAAUAUACUGCAACAUGACAGAGGACAAGACGUGGAUGGUGAUCCAGCACAAUAACACAGAGCUAACUAGAGUCCGACCCUCGCUGGGUAAAAAUCAGCACUCAGCUCACUUUGAAUACACAUCUGAGGAGGUGCAGUUAGCCGCCAUCAUCAGCCAAUCAGAUCACUGCGAACAGGAACUGACCUACCAUUGCAGGAAGUCACGCCUCCUUAAAAUGCCAGACGGCUCUCUGCUCAGCUGGUGGGUGGGAGGUCCAGGUGAAGGACAGGUGCAGACUUAUUGGGGUGGGGCUCCUCCAGGUACCCAGCAGUGUGCCUGCGGCCUGCAGAAGAACUGUGUGGACCCUAAACACCGCUGCAACUGUGACGCAGACCGCACCGAAUGGGCUAAUGACUCGGGCCUCCUGACCCAUAAGGAGACCCUCCCUGUCAGGUCCCUGGUGCUGGGCGAUGUCCAGAGGCCUGGCUCGGAAAGCGCCUACAGGGUAGGACCUCUCCGUUGCCAUGGAGACAAAAACGUCUGGAACGCUGCAUUUUUUGACACAGAGACGUCAUACCUCCACUUUCCCACAUUCCAUGGAGAGCUGAGCGCAGACAUCUCCUUCCUGUUUAAAACCACUUCAUCCUCCGGUGUCUUCCUGGAAAACUUGGGCAUCAAAGACUUUAUUCGGAUCGAACUCAGCUCCUCCACUGAGGUCCUCUUUUCCUUUGACGUGGGUAACGGGCCGCUGGCGGUUCACGUGGAGGCUGGCUUCCCGCUGAAUGACAAUAGGUGGCAUCGCAUCCGCGCCGAGCGGAAUGUUAAAGAGGCAUCGCUUCGUCUUGACGAGCUCCCUGCUGCCACACAGGAGGCUCCCGCUGAUGGGCACAUCCACCUGCAGCUGAACAGCCAGUUAUUUAUAGGAGGCACAGCAUCCAGACAGAAGGGCUUUCAGGGUUGUAUUCGUGCUCUGCAGCUGAAUGGUGUCACCCUGGAUCUGGAGGAGAGGGCCAAGAUCACCCCCGGAGUUCAGGCGGGAUGUCCAGGCCACUGCAGCAGCUACGGCUCCCUCUGCCAGAACCGGGGUCGCUGUGUGGAGAGAUCCAACAGCUUUUCCUGCGACUGUGGCCCCUCUGCUUACACUGGAGCCUUCUGCGAAAGAGAGGUUUCAGCCAGCUUCAAACCAGGAACAUCCGUCAGUUACACCUUCAAGGAGCUGACGCUGAACAAGAGCAGCAGCGCUCCGCCUCCGUCCAUCUACUCUGGCAUGACCCUGAGAGCAGAAAACAUCUCCCUGAGCUUCAGGACCAGCCUGAGUCCAGCUCUGCUCCUCUACGUCGGCUCCUACUACAGAGAGUACCUAGCUCUGCUGCUCAACAAGCACGACAAGCUGGAGGUGAGGUACAGACUGGAUAGCAGCAAGGAUGUAGAGAUCCUGAGCAGCAAAGUGAGAAACCUCGCCAACGGACAGCUACAUACUGUUACUAUCAGCAGACUAGCAGAUGCUGUUUCUAUGCAGAUUGACCAGAACGCCAGAGAAGACUUCAAUCUGACAUCUGAUGUGGAAUUCAAUGCCAUCAAAUCGCUGGUUCUUGGCAGAGUGAGUGACUCUGGUGAGUUGGAUCCAGAGAUGACUCGGCUUGCCACUUUAGGUUUCACAGGCUGCCUGUCUGCCGUCCUCUUUAACUCCAUCAGCCCUCUGAAAGCUGCUCUGCUCCACUCAGACACCAGCCCAGUUAUCAUCACCGGUCCACUGGUUCAGUCCGACUGUGGCUCCACUUCAGCCAAUCCCUACGCAGCAGAAACCACAGACCACUUAUCAGGCCAGUCUGGAUCAGUGGGAACAGGUCAGCCUCUAGUCAAUGCCAUCAGGAGUGACUCAGCUCUAAUUGGAGGUGUGAUAGCCGUGGUGAUCUUUGUGACCGUGUCAGCGUUAGCCGUAACGGGCCGCUUCCUCUACAGGAGGAAAGGGACGUGUCAGAGCCAGGAGGUAAAAACAGUAAAACCCGAAGACAGCCCAGAGCUGCCGUUCAGCAGCCAGACCAACUCACGCAAUGGUCCCAGUGAGAACCAGAAGGAAUAUUUUAUUUAGGCGAAGGUUCGACCCGCUGCUGACCCGGCAGUUUCCGAUCCGAGGAGACGGACACAGACAGAGAUGCCUUGUCAAGCCUCAGUGCUUUACACUACAAACUGAGACCCAACAGUGGCUCAACAAGACAGGACGGCACAAACAGAACUAUACACACAUUUUCUGUCUUUUUUUGUUUUGUUAAGUUUGAUUUUUGCUUCUGUGGUUGUAUUUUUGUAUAAGACUUGUAUAAAGAUGCAUAAGAACAAAGUGUUGAAUUUACAAUGCGUCAAUACUGUCUGUGGAUCAAUUGUAAAUAUCUAAUGAUGUAAAUCUUAAAAGUAUGACUUUAUAUCAAUCUGUAUUUCUCUGUCCUAUUGAAAUGUAUUUUCCAUGAAAUUGCUGGUAUGAAAGUUAAAACAUCUGAGGGUCUGGUAUGAUUUAAAUGCAUUUUCCGACAAGGAUAAUCUUUUUCUUUUUUUUUUGUUUUGUUUUGAGUGAAUGAACCAAUUUUAUUCAUGUCAGGAGCUGUUGGGACGCUGCAAAUAGGCUCAAUUUCCAGUUUGUUUUUAUGUUUUCCUUUUGACUCUUUGCACCUGUGUGAACUGUGGGAAAAGCAAAAAAUGUAUCCGUUCACAUUGAACAUUUCUCAUUUUUCUCAGCCACCUUUGCAUUUUAU